CUGUGGACUUUUGACAAGUACACCCUUCCAGAUCCCCCCGUUUUCCACUGAAACCAAGGAACACCGGAGAAAACACUCACACGCCGAGGUCUCUCCUUCUCGGAGUUCAGUUCAGUCCCGUCCAGUCUAGUAUAUUUCCCGGCGAAUAAAAAUGUUGCCGCCGGAGCUCAACCCUCGCUCCUACCGCCCCUACAUCUCCACCUCCGCCAGCGCCCCCUCCUUCCCCACCUCCUCCUCCCCUAACCCUAACCCUUACUCCGCCUUCUACGGCAGCGGCAGCGGCGGUAUCGUUUCUCCCUCUCCUUCUUCUUCAUCUAGAUCUCUGAAAAACUCUAGAUUCUCUCCGUCGUCGUUCGCGCACAACGCCCGAAUCGCCCUCGCCCUCCUCCCCUGCGCCGCCGUCCUCCUCGACCUCGGCGGCGCCCCGGUCCUCGCCACCCUGACCCUAGGCCUCAUGAUCGCCUACAUCCUCGACUCCCUCAACCUCCACAAGUCCGCUCCGUUCAUCGCCGUCUGGUUCUCUCUCCUCUCCGCUCAAAUCGCCUUCUUCUUCACCUCCUCUCUCCUCUCCUCCGCCUCCUUCAACUCCCUCCCUCUCUCUCUCCUCGCCUCCUUCUUCUGCGCCCACACCAACUUCCUCAUCGGCGUCUGGGCCUCCCUCCAGUUCAAGUGGAUCCAAAUCGAGUACCCUCACAUAACCCUGACCCUAGAACGCCUCCUCUUCGCCUGCGCCCCCCUCAACGCCUCCGUCCUCUUCACCUUUUCCACAAUCUCCGCCCUCGGCAUGGCCCACGCCUCGUACUACUUCAUGUUGUUUUCUUGUAUUCUCUAUUGGCUGUUUUCGAUUCCUCGCAUCUCGUCGUUUAAGUUGAAGAAAGAAGUGAGUUACCACGGUGGAGAGGUGCCUGAUGAUAACCUAAUUUUAACCCAGCUCGAAAGCUGUGUGCAUACGUUGAGCUUGUUGCACUUGCCUUUACUGUUUCACAUUGCGUCGAAUUAUUCGACUAUGUUUUCGUCUGCUGCGUCCAUUUGUGAUUUGUUUCUGUUGUUUUUUAUACCGUUUUUGGUGCUGCUGUAUGCGUCGACAAGAGGGGCAUUGUGGUGGGUUACGAAGAACGAGAACAAUCUGCGGAGCAUACGGGUGGUGAAUGGUGCGGUCGCUUUGGUGGUUGUAGUGAUGUGCUUGGAGGUUAGGGUGGUUUUUCAUUCGUUUGGGAGGUACAUUCAGGUGCCACCGCCAUUGAGUUAUCUGCUUGUGACUGUUACAAUGCUUGGAGGGGCGGCUGCAGCCGGUGCUUAUGCCCUUGGCAUGAUUGCUGAUGCUUUCAGCUCAGUGGCUUUCACAGUUUUAGCUGUUUUAGUCAGUGCUGCUGGUGCAAUUGUUGUGGGAUUUCCUAUAUUGUUCCUUCCACUCCCUUCAGUUGCUGGAUUCUAUUUGGCUCGUUUCUUUACAAAGAAGAGUCUGCCAUCAUACUUUGCCUUUGUUGUUCUUGGUAGCUUGAUGGUCAUGUGGUUCGUGCUGCAUAAUUUCUGGGAUCUCAACAUCUGGAUGGCAGGCAUGUCUUUAAAAUCCUUCUGUAAGCUCAUAGUUGCUAGUGUUAUCUUGGCAAUGGCUGUCCCUGGUUUAGCCCUUCUUCCUCCAAACCUUCAUUUCUUGGCCGAGUUUGGUUUGAUCAGCCAUGCACUGCUGCUAUGCUACAUUGAGAAUCGCUUCUAUAAUUACUCAAAUGUUUACUAUUAUGGGUCGGAUGAUGAGGUAAUGUAUCCUAGCUACAUGGUUGCCCUGACUACUUUUGUGGGUUUGGCUCUGGUGAGGAGACUUAGUGCGGAUCGCCGAAUUGGACCAAAGGCAGUAUGGAUUCUGAUUUGCCUGUAUUCCUCGAAGGUGACAAUGAUGUUUAUCGCAUCAAAGGCUGCUUUAUGGGCUUCUGCUGUGCUUUUGUUAGCUGUUUCUCCUCCGUUGCUUCUCUACAAGGACAAGUCAAGAGUAGCCUCAAAGAUGAAACCUUGGCAAGGCUAUGCACAUGCUGGUGUUGUUGCUUUAGCAGUCUGGUUUUGUCGUGAAGCAAUUUUUGAAGCUCUCCAGUGGUGGAAUGGGAGACCCCCAUCUGAUGGUUUACUUUUGGGUUCCUGUAUUCUUCUGAUUGGAUUGGCUUGUAUACCAAUAGUGGCUCUCCACUUUUCUCAUGUCAUGUCUGCUAAGAGAUGUCUGGUUCUAAUAAUGGCGACAGGACUGCUGUUUAUACUCUUGCAGCCCCCAAUUCCCUUGUCAUGGACUUAUCACUCUGACCUAAUCAAAGAUGCUCGUCAAUCCAUGGAUGAUGUCUCCAUAUACGGCUUCAUGACUUCAAAGCAUACAUGGCCAUCGUGGCUACUUAUCGCCGCAAUCCUUCUCACUCUAGCAGCAGUAACCUCUGUCAUCCCUAUCAAGUAUAUCGUUGAGUUGAGGGCCUUUUACUCCAUUUCCAUGGGGAUCGCUCUGGGGGUUUAUAUAGCUGCAGAAUACUUCCCUCAGGCUGCUAUAUUGCACAUCCUUAUAGUCAUAACCAUGAUCUGCACCUCUGUCUUUGUGGUCUUCACCCAUUUGCCAUCUGCCUCAAGCACAAAGCUCCUACCGUGGAUGUUUGCUUUGCUUGUGGCUCUUUUUCCGGUGACUUAUUUAUUGGAAGGAGAGGUGAGGAUCAAGAACAUACUUGGAAAUAGUGGAAUCGGAGAUGGUGAGAUAGAAGGCAGCAAGCUGACCACUCUACUUGCCGUUGAGGGGGCAAGGACGUCUCUCCUCGGUUUAUAUGCAGCUAUCUUUAUGCUUGUUGCAUUGGAGAUUAAGUUUGAACUGACAUCACUUAUGCAUGAAAAGGCUCAUGAAAGGAGUGGAAUUAGACACAGCCAAUCCAGUCAAACCAGCUCCGGUACCUUCCCUCCAAGAUUAAGGUUCGCACAGAAAAGGAGGGCCGCGUCUAUGACUGCCUUCAGUAUAAAGAGGAUGGCGGCUGAGGGAGCCUGGAUGCCGGCAGUUGGAAAUGUUGCUACUAUAAUGUGCUUUGCCAUAUGCAUAAUCUUGAACAUCAAUCUCACCGGCGGCUCAAACCGUGCCAUAUUCUUCUUGGCCCCUAUCUUGCUUCUUCUCAACCAGGACUCUGAUUUUGUCGCUGGGUUUGGGGAUAAGCAGAGGUAUUUUCCAGUAACUGCAGUUAUUUCAUCAUACUUGGUAGUGACUGCCUUUUAUAGCAUAUGGGAAGACAUCUGGCACGGGAACCCAGGGUGGGGUUUUGAAAUUGGAGGGCCUGAUUGGUUUUUUGCAGUUAAGAAUGUAGCCCUUCUUGUCCUUACGUUCCCCAGUCAUAUCCUUUUUAACCGGUUUGUGUGGAGUUAUACAAAGCAGACAGAUUUGACGCCAUUGCUCACUUUACCACUUAAUUUUCCAUCAGUCUUGAUAACGGACGUGAUCAAGAUUAGGAUAUUGGGUCUUCUUGGAAUCAUAUACUCCUUGGCUCAGUAUUUGAUUUCUAGACAGCAAUAUAUCUCCGGGUUGAAGUUUAUUUAAUCGAUGAGCAUACUUUGUAUGAUAGGUUUUUUGCCAAUUUUCAAGUGAGGUAUCAAAGUUUGUUUGUUCUUACAACCAUUUGGAUUCGUCUGCAGUUAACCCCUUGUUCCUGAGAUUUCCUUAUUUGUUGGGUUAACCUUUCGUUAUGACUCUUUGGGAAAAAAAUAACCUUGCUUGAAAUCAGUGGUCUUGGUAAUUCCAGUUUGGGCCUGAUUGUUUUAGUAUUUGGUUGCGCGUCUUUUGUCUUGUUGACGACAUUGAAUCUGGGUGGAAAAUUUCACUGCCUUGUUGAAGAGCAAUCGUGAAUCUGCGACAGACUUGUUCAA